AUGGACAACAGAAAUACAUACAACAAUACAUACAACCCCAAAAUCUCAUCGCCCAUUGGUGUCAAGGACAGCAGAAACACAUACAACUCCACUAUCCCACAGCCCCACUGUGUCACAGCCAACAGAAAUGCCCCCACUGCAUCCAGGAAAACAAAAACACAUUCAACAUCACCUACAACCCCAACAUCCCACAGCCCCAUUGUGUCAAGGACAACAGAACCACACACAACCAUAACUUCCUAUAGACCCACUGUGUCAGAGACGACAGAGACACAUACAACCCCAACAUCCCACAGCCGCACUGUGACACGGAAAACAGAAACACAUAAAACAACACAUUCACCGCGAACAUCAUACAGCCAAACAAGGACAACAGAAACACAUAAAACAACACAUAAAUUCCCAAUGCCCCACAGACCAACAUUGUCAAGAACAACAGAAACACAUUUGGCCCCAACAUCCCACAGCCCCACUGCAUCAAGGAGAAGAGAAACAUAUUCAACAACACAUAGAACCUCAACAUCUCAUAGUCCAACUGUGUCACGGACAACAGAAUCACAUCAUAUUCCUCAACACACAACUUUGUCUGCUUCUAGCCCAUUAGUCUCUCCAACUACCCAACCUCACCAGAGAACCACACCCUAUGCUACAGUGGUAAAGCAGAGUUCAGCUACACCUUCAAUGACAACUAUCAUCUGGAAAACCUUUAAGAAAACCACUGAGUUUCCAACCACCAAAUGGACUUCAAGAGGACCUACUUUACCUGCCACAGUUCCACUGACCUUACCACGUAAGUCACAGGGAUAUUGCAUAAAUGUUGCUUUGAAGUUAAUUGUAUUGUCCUUUCUAGAAUAUUUUGGCAUCAUUAGAGAGCUUGUAAAUUUGCUAACUGGUGGUAGUGAACUCUGCAAGUAA